AUGAAUAGCAAUGGCGAAUACGACUAUGAGUGGCAGGAUAUUGUAACGCCGGCCCCGGCGCCGCAAGACGACUUCACCCCCCGAGCAGUAGACGAACUCACUGAAACCAUGGACAACCUCGAUCUACCGCCUACCACCGAAAACAGUUAUGGCUAUGAGGGGCAUGAUGCCGAGCACAAUGAUCCAUCCUACAUGUAUGAACCUUCGGCGACAUCCCAUGGCAGCUCAGGUAGAUCUAGGAAAGGAAAAGAGACAGCCUACGCCCCAGAACCACACGAUGGGGAAAGCCCUCCGCCCGAAGACCCUCCCCCGACGGCGCCGCCAUUAGAUCCAUUCUGGGGCGCGGAGGGUGGUGCCACCGGGCUACAGGACGAAGAAUCUCCUCCGCAAGCUGGCGCAGAAAGCCUGUAUCAUGAGGCCGAAGGAUACGGGGCAGCUCAUGAUCCAAUUCCGGCUACAUACAGUCAAGACUCUGGGUACGCAACGGCCGAUCUCGAUGACUUUGAUGACCCGGUUGUGCAAGAGGCUAUGUCGAACCGCAACGAGAUGUAUGGGACUUCCGGUCACGGUGGGCCAUCAACGGAGCCCGCAUAUGGCACAGCGUACGAGGAGGACGACGGUGCGGCAACACCGAAGGGCCGCCAAAGCCCUACACCAUCCUUCGACAUAACCGGUACUCAUGGGUCUGCUGAAGAUCUUGACCCUCGUUACGUCGUCGAACCGUCACACAAAUUCCGACCCGGAUCGGUCUUCAAGGUUCUAUGGUCGGAGCCAUCCGGCUCUCACGCCGCAGGAAACUCGACGAUAUCUGAGAAGCAGCAAAUUCAAGACCAAUUCGGAGGGUCUGUAUUCAUCGGUUUCAGACGCUUCAUUGUCAUUGCGAAUGACGAAGGGCACUGCACCUGCGUGCCAAUCCUCACGUAUCAAGGCAAAGCUUGUAACAAGAGGGGCGUGAAAGCCCACAAGCACGGCAUGAUCUAUAGCCACAAGCUUCAUCGACCGCUUCGCGACGAGCCAAAGCUUGGAUUUCCACCAGUCCGGGCUAAGAUCACGAUUGAGGGAGAAAAGCUGGCCAAAGAAUCACGUGUCAACUACUCCAAGCUUGUCACGGUCGAACACAACGUCAAGGUCUUCUUCAUCGGCUACAUCAGCCCGGACGAUUUUGAAGACGUUGAGUAUGCCGUCGACGACUGCUGGGAGAAGAAGACCCGAGCGAAGAAGAAGUCAAGAAAAUAA